UUAGUACUCGUCCGUCUAUAGCCAUAAGCUAACAACAUAUCUCCGACUGAAUAUAAUCCAAAAACAUAAAAUGAAUUUCAAAUUGACACUCGUCAUUGUUGCAACAUUUAUUGCUUGUGCUUCCAGUUUAAACUACAAAUGUACACAAUCGGAUUGGGCUAAGUUUAAGGAAGAAUACAACAAAUCCUAUGAAUUAGCCGAAACAGAUUUAUUUCACUAUAAUACAUUCUGUGAAAACCUUAUAAUUAUUGAACAAAACAACCAUGAUUUUGAUACCGGAGAGGCUGUACAUAAAUUAAGUGUGAAUAAAUUGUCAGAUUUGUCACCUCCCGAACAACAAGAAUACCUUAAAGCUCAUCGGGUUCAAAAAGUACGUGGUUCUAAGCGAACAACAACUGAAGCAUACGAAUAGUUGAUUUGAAUUAAUUAUAAUAGUUGUUGACUUAUAUAAAAAAUAAGGCUUAAACUUCGGCAUAUACAUUUGUUAAAAUAUCAAGUUUUAUUGAAUCAGGAAGAAAUGUGAAGAAAGUAAUUAUAUUUUAAUUAGGAAAAUAAAGUUGUUUCUUAUUCAAAAAUAA